UCAGCUUUGAUGAGUCAGCAGACAGUCCAGGCACAAGCAUGGAACAAAGUAAAAACACUGAAACUAAACAGUAAACACACUAAGAGAAAUCAUGUCUGAUAGAGGAGGAAAAGGUAGAUCUCGUGGAAGAGGUAGAGGACGAGGUAGCAGCGUAGGAAGAGGGCGCAGUAAUGCUGGGAGGGACUCUACAAGAAACGAUACACCUCCAGUUGGAGGACUGAGUAGUAGACCUAGUGAAACAGAAACUCCACAUUCAGUUGGACAAGUUAAACAAUCAAAUCCCAAAGGAACUCCUACCUCACCUCCCAGUGUUACUAAACCUGAACCAACAGCUCCUGCUGUUCCUCUCACUCCAAAAAGAGAGAGUAAUGGACCUGUAACUCAAGGGUCUCCCAAUAAUUCACCUUCAUCUGGUUCUCCCUCAUCAACUAGUUCGCCAUCCUCUUCUUGUAUUGGCUCAUCUAUUAUGAGUUCCCCUCAGUCUUUGUACUCUGCCUCACCGAUCACCGUAUCUGGUACAAGCUCUUCUUCUAAAUUGGAUUCUCCUCAUCCGUCGUUUAAAUAUCGAGAUCCUCCCCCACGCCCUGGUGUGGGUACCCUUGGACGACCUAUUGUCUUACAAACUAAUCAUUUCCCUAUUAAGUUUCCAACAAAAGGAGAGUUGUAUCAUUAUGAUGUUACCUUAAAACCGGACACUUGUCCUCGUAGAAUCAAUAGAGCAGUUAUUAAAGAAAUUGAGAAGAAGUAUCGUGAGAAUCUUCAAGGGAUUCUUCUAGCUUAUGACGGAACAAAGAACAUAUACACAUCGAAACCACUCCCUUUUCGAUCAAAAGAGUUUUUGGUACCUUUGAAGCUUGAUGAAAAAGAUAAAGAAAAGAAAUUUGAGGUUAUAAUCAAAGUAGUUGGAUCUAUACCACUAGAUGUACUGAGUCAAUUAUCUACAGUGCAUACCACACAGUCAAGUGAUGUACAAUCUGCCAUACAAGGACUUGAUAUUGUACUAAGAACUCUACCAUCAAUGAGCUUUGUAACUGUUGGUAGGAGUUUUUUUACGCCACCAGUUACUGGGAGGGGUCAUCCAUUAGGUGGUGGGAGAGAAGCUUGGACUGGAUAUUAUCAAAGUGUUAGGCCAUCAAUGGGCUGGACCAUCACGCUUAACCUGGAUGUUUCUAAUACUGCCUUUUAUAAGGAGCAGCCUGUCCUUGAGUUUCUUAAAGAAGUUAUUAAUAUAAGACAGUUACCAUGUCCUUCCUCUUUGACUGAUGCUCAGAGAAGACAAUUUGCUAAAGAUAUUAAAGGCCUCAAAGUUAAAGUGACUCACUUAGCUUACCCGAGAAAAUACAAAGUAAAAGAUAUCACUCAAAAAUCAUCCAGAGAUCUCUUUUUUGACUGUGAUGGUCAACAGACCAGUGUUGUUGAUUAUUUCAAAUCAAAGCACGGGAAACCUUUAAGAUAUCCUGAUCUUCCUUGCCUUCAUAUGGAAGGGAAGAAUCCUCACAUAUAUAUACCAAUGGAGUAUUGCGAAGUUCUUGGUCAGAAAUGUAACAAGAAGUUAACACCUGAGCAGACUAGUGCUAUGAUACGGCAUACAGCUAAACCAGCCUAUGAAAGGCAGAAACAAAUCAUGGAGAAGAUUCAUGGUGCUCAUUUUGAUGGAGAUGAAUAUCUGAAAAACUUUGGCAUUAAAGUAUCCAAAAGAAUGUCUGAGGUAGCUGGCAGAGUUCUUGAUCCACCAAAGAUGGAGGUUGGUGAGAAAAGAAGUGUGGAGCCAAGAAAUGGGUCAUGGGAUACGAGAGGAAAGUCAUUUUGGCAUGGUAUUAGUAUUAAAAAGUGGGGGAUAAUCACAGCGAGAUACUUUAAUGAUAUCAAUGUCUUUGCUUCUGAACUCUCUAAAGCUUCAAAUGAGAAAAGAAUGAGGAUGCCUCCUCCAAUUGAAAUAUAUACUUUUAAACCUCGAGAUGACUUGGAACAUAUUCUAAGAACAAAGUUUGCAGGCUGUGAUAUUGUUAUUGUAAUACUUGAUGGGAAGCAAAAACCAACUUAUAAUGAAGUGAAGAGGGUUGGUGACAAUACUGUUGGUAUACGGACUCAGUGUGUCCUUUUCAAGAAUGCCUGCAAACCAAAUACAGCCACAAUGUCCAACAUUUGCCUUAAGAUUAAUUCAAAAUUAGGUGGAACUAAUUCUAUCCCAAACUAUGAAAAGACAGAUUAUGCAUUUCCAUGGGAAUCAUCUCCUUUUAUAAUAUUUGGUGCUGAUGUUACUCAUCCUGCUCCUAAUGAUAAGAGGAGUCCUUCAUUAGCUGCUGUUACAGCUAGUAUGGACGAAAAUGCAAUGGACUAUAGAGCAAAGGUGAAAGUUCUUAAGCACAGACAGGAAGUAUUUAAAAUUGAUGAACUAGCUGGUAUAGUUAAGGAGAUGUUGCUGAAGUUUUAUAGAAAAAACGAUAAAUGUAAACCACAGCGUAUUAUAUUCUACAGAGAUGGAGUUAGUGAAGGACAGUUCAAGGAAGUUAUUUUAAAUGAAGUUGCUGCUAUACAGAAAGCUUGUCUAUCCUUGCCAGGGGAUUACAAACCUGGCAUUACUUUUCUUGUGGUACAAAAACGACACCACACUAGAUUAUUCUGUACUGAUAGAAGAGAUCAAGAGGGUAAGGCAGGCAAUGUCCCUCCUGGCACUACAGUGGACACUGAUAUCACUCAUCCCAGAGAAUUUGACUUUUUCCUUUGCUCACAUGCCGGUAUACAAGGAACUAGCAAGCCAGCUCAUUAUCAUGUGCUUUGGGAUGAUAAUAGGUUCAGUGCUGAUGAGCUACAGGCACUGACAUAUAAACUCUGUCAUUGUUUUGUUCGUUGCAAUCGAAGCGUGUCAUACCCAGCCCCGACCUACUACUCACACCUAGCUGCCUUUAGAGCAAGAUACACACUACAAGACUGGGAAGAAAAAAGUAGUAGUUAUCACAGUGAUACUGAUAGCUCCUUCAGUUAUUCUAGUGAAGAUAUACUGAGUGAUGUAUCAAAAAUGGAGGAAGCAAUCAAAGUCAACGAGUUUCUUCAAGAUUCAAUGUAUUACGUCUGAUAACAUAACAUACUAUUAUAUUUUAAUAUUAUGUAUAACUGUGGCACAGUAUUAUUUUUGUUUAUGCGUGUACAUGUAUAUCAAAAAAAAUUGUAAUAAAAC